ACUUCUAUAAGAGACAGCUUGCAUAUAUGUCUGUAUAACCUCUAAGCCACUCAUUAAGAAAACCGUUUGAAUCUAACAAUUCAACAUCAUGGUUGCAUUCUAUCUUCCUCACUUCUCUUACUCAAACAUGGGAUGGAACUUAGAGGAGAUAGAGCCUAUAGAGUCCUUAAAUAUUGUCCCUAAGGAGAAGAACUUUGUUUCCUCUUUACCGCAAUAUCAUCUAUUCUCUUCACCGAAGCAACAACAUAUUGAGAUUGGAACGCCAUCACCAUCCCCGACCCCUAAGCUUAUGUUGAAGAAGCUUAACCACAAUGCCAGCGAACGUAAUCGCCGUAAGAAGGUCAAUAACUUGAUUUCUUCACUUCGUUCACUUCUUCCAGCUGAAGAUCAAACGAAAAAAAUGAGCAUUCCAGUAACAAUUUCAAGAGUCUUAAAAUACAUACCAGAAUUACAAAAGCAGGUGGAAGGAUUAACUAAGAAAAAAGAAGAGCUUCUAUCAAGAGUUUCUAGGCAAGAAUAUGCGGUGAACAAAGAAUCACAAAGGAAAAUUAAUCCUAAUUAUGAUUCUUCUUUUGUUGUUUCAACAAGUAGGUUUAAUGAUAAUGAGCUUGCUAUUCAUAUUGCAUCUUAUGAGGCUUACAAGAUUCCAUUAUCUGAGAUCUUGUUGUGUUUGGAAAAUAAUGGACUUGUUCUACUAAAUUCUUCUUGUUCUAAAACAUUUGGAGGGAGACUCUUCUACAACUUGCAUUUUCAGGUGGAGAAAACUCAAAGUUUAGAGUGUGAUGUUCUAAUUCACAAGCUUCUGUCAAUAUAUGAGAAGCAAUGCAAUCCUAGUGUUGGAAGGUAAAAAUAAAAGGCAAAGUAUUUUUUUUUUAUCUUGUAUGUUAAUUUCAGGGUUCAUUUUGAUUCCUUAAUUUCAAAAUAUUUUAUAUUGGCCCCUUAAUUCUUCAAAAAGUAUUAAAGGAUUAAAAUGACUCAUUUUAAAGAUUUAAGAAAUCAAUAUAAAACUUUUUAAAAUUAAGGGAUCAAAAUGACCACAUGCGAAAAAAAAUAUUUUGCCAAAAUAAAAAAUUAGGGUAGAAGUUUGUACAUAUUUUGGUAGCACGGAUGAUCGAACAGUAGGACUAGGACACAUGCUCCCCAUUAUAUAUGCAUGUACUGGAGGAGUUUUGUAAGUUGCAUUAGUGUAAUUGUUUUUUUAUAAGAGCAUAAUAAGUAAGACCUUGCAUAAUGUAAUUCAUUUUAUAAAUUUUAUGCUUUAUUGAGUUUAUUCAACUUAUAUUAAUAGUAUAAAUCAAUUUUUUUAUAUUAAACUAGAUUAAUUUAUUAUAUUUAUUUUUCCCCUAAUUAUAGUUGUACAUUGUUAAAUGUGUUUGGAUUUCAACCCCAAAAAUUAGUUUAAAGGGCGAGGUUGUCCUCACAUAUUUAUACAUUCAACUGUCUGAGAACCUAUGCAAUGUGAUGUCCAUGUUGUAAUCCUUAAUCCGGCACUGAUAUAUGUUAAAUAUGUUUGGAUCUCAACCUUAAAAGUUAGUUAAAGGGUGAGGUUGCCCUUGCAUAUUUAUACUUUCAAAUAUAUGAGAGCCUAAGCAAUGUGAGAUUUCAAAUAAACUCCAAGAACACAACUAUCAACUUCAACAUGUUAAAUAUGCUUGAAUCUGAAAUUCAAAAGCUAGUUCAAGGGGUGAGGUUGUUCUCACAUAUUUAUACAAUCAACAACCCGGGAAUCUAAGCAAUAUGGGACAUCAAACAAACUCCAACAACACAACUAUCAACUUCAACACCCACCGUUACGCCUAGCGUGAGCCUGGAUCAAAUGCUCAUAUUACAGUUCUUAAUCUGACUCUAAUACCAUGUUAAAUAUGCUUGAAUCUCAACCUCAAAAGUUAGCCCAAAGGGUAAAAUAUAUGCUUGUAUUUCAAUCCCAAGAUUUAACUUAAGGGUGAAGGAACCUAAGCAAUGUGAGACUUCAAACAAACUCCAACAACAAAACUAUCAAGAAAAUCUCUCUUAGAUAGGGUUGCUUGAAUAGCACGUUUAAUUUUUCUAACUAGCUAACUUACGUCUAGGGAUGGCAAUGGAUACCCAUGG